GAAACAAGAACAACUACAAAUGCCCCAACAACAACUACAGAUACCCCAACAACAACCACAGCUGAAACAACAACUACAGAUGCCCCAACAACAACCACAACUGAACAAGCAACUACACAUAACUCAACAACAACCACUGCUGAGUCAACUACUGAUGUUCUUACAACAACCACAGCUGAACCAACAACUACAAAUCCCUCAAUAAUAACAACUGCUGGACUAAUAAUAACAACAACAGUUUCCUCAACAACUACACCUGCGCAGACAGCGACUACAGCUGCACCAACAACAAGCACAAUUGCCCCAACAACGAUAACUGCACUAACAACAACCACAGCUGCAUUGACAAUGACUACAGAUGCAUUAACAAUAACCACAGCUGAAUCAAUAACUACAGAUGGUCCAACAACAACCACAAAUGGAUCAACAACUACACCUUCACAAACAAUACCUACAGAUGCACAAACAACCACAGCUAAACUAACAGCAAUUACAGCUGCCCCUACAACAACCAUGACUGAACCAACAACAAUAAAAACUGCAGCAACAACACCCACAGCUGCACCAACAUCAAACACAGCAGUCCCUGCAACACCUACAGCUGCCCCAACAACAACUGUAGCUGCACCUACAACAACUAAAGUUCCCCCAUCAACCCCAACAGUUGCAUUGUCCACCACUACUACCACAACUGAAGCUCCACCACCUGUAUUCGUUCUUAUAGCAACUUUGGUUCAACCAUUUGUUCAAGAACUCAGUGAUACAAACAGCCAACAGUUUAAGGAACUUGAAAAACAAGUGGUAGUUGUGUUUGAUAUCAUCUACCGGGCUAGAUACGGCUUGCUCUUCAUCCGCAGUUUUGUCAUUGCUUUUAGACCAGCUGUAGCCGGAACACGAUCAGAUAAUACUGAAGUAGAGGUGGGGGUUGAGUUCAAUAAAACGGCAUCAGCUGCUGAAAUUCCAGCUACUAAACAGGUUCAAGAAACUUUAAUGCAGGCUGUAACUAAUGUCAGCACAAACUUCAAUAUUACAUUUGAAAGCAACUCUAUUCAAGUAAUACGAACACCUUUUACCAAUUCAACAACUGCAGCCCCCAUAUCAAAUUCUACAGCUACUGCAAAUGAUACUACAGCAACUGCAGCCACGACUACAGCAAUUACAGCUACAACUACUUUGACAGCUACAACGACAAAUUCUACAGCUACUGCAAAUUCAACUACAGCAAUUACAUCUAUAACUGCUGUGAUAGAUACAUCCACAACUUCUACAACCACCAUAUCUACCACAACUAUUGCAACUACUACAACUGUGGAGGCAAUAACAACAAGACGGGUGACUUUUAGAUCUGCUGGAGAAACAUUCACAAUUGAUUUGGCAAAUCCAUCAUCUCAAGCAUUUACGAAUCGAGCUGAAUUGCUAAAGUCAACACUUAAACCUCUUUACCAAAACACAUUUGCUUCAUUCCGCUCUUUGACAGUGGUUUCAUUCAGCAAUGGCUCAAUCAUCAACAACAUGGAUCUUGGAUUUGCAUCAACAUCUCUUCCUAGUAACACUCAAAUUGCAAAUGUUUUGAUCAAAGCGGCUUCUAACAUCACAGCCUUUAACAUUGACAUCAAUAAUAUCUCUGUGGAUGGAUCACAAGUAUCAAGCGGAGUAAGCCACAAGAUCAAUCUCAUUGCUGCAUCCUGCAUGGUGCUGUUGUCAUGGUUACUCUCAAGCCAGCAAUAGCACAUCCACUGAUGUAGAAAAUAUCAGGAAUUAUCGACUUUUGCUAGAAGAAGAAUUGUGUUGCUAAUACACAUCAUGUAACCCUUAACAGCCCAAACCUUUCUUUGUUUUCUAACCUGACAGCCCUGGUGUCAAAUCUAUGUAGAAAACUUUUAAGCACAAAUGAAGGAGUUAUAUUUCUAUAAUUAAAAAUGAAUUAAGCUAUCUGAGCGUUUGUAUACAAAGAAUUAUUAUAUGUACUUAUUUAAAGAAUGAUUGUAUCAUGGUAACGUAAUCUAUGUAGAAAACUUUUAAGCACAAAUGAAGGAGUUAUAUUUCUAUAAUUAAAAAUUAAUUAAGCUAUCUUAAGAAAGAAUCAUUAUAUGUAUUUAUUUAAAGAAUGAUUGUUUUAUGGUAACGUAAUUUAUAAUAAUUUAAACUCAACUUGAAGCUGAGCUUCCAACAUCUUGAUGACACUUUUUUCAUGCAAAUCCUGCAUUGUCACUUAAUGAAUAUUAUGUAAAUGUAAGGUGUCAGAAUGAUUUCAUAUAUGCUAUAAUAUAUUUAAUUAGUUUUCAAUUGUACACAUAUUUAUAUUAUGCAAAUACAGUAUUCUGUUACUCUUCCUUUAUUUCUGUAUUAAUUUAGUGUAAACACUAAGUCAUAAAAAACUGUAAAAGUGUAUGGCACUGCACUGGGGAUCCUAUAAAGUCUCUAAAACAGACAAAACAUUGUUGUUUCUUUCUUUAAGGGGGCGGUCAUGUUUAAAUGUAAAGUGUCUGAAAGAUACCAUAUGCUUAUCUAAUUAGUUUUAACUUGUACACAUGUUUAAUUUAUGCAAAUACAGUAUUCUGUUACUCUUCCUUUGUUUCUAAUUACUAAUAAUUGUAUUAAUGUAGUAUAAACAUCAAGUCUUUGAAAAUUGUAAAAGUGUAUGACACUGCACUGGAGAUUAAAACAUUUUCUGUUCUACCUUG